AAAAAAAACACUAUCUUCUUAGUAGUCAAAUUACUCUUUUUGGGCAUAGCUCAGGUUAGGGAAUACACAGUUUGAGAAAAAUUAAGAUCGUCAGACCAGAAACCCUUCCUGAGAAGAUAGGAGAGAAUUUUCAAGCUAUGAUGUCAAGCGAGCAAAGAAGGGAAGUAGGAGAAGGAUCCUCAACUACGAAUGCAACCCUAGCACCAUCUGAUCAUCAUCAUCAGCUAUCACCAACACCUCAACUGAGCCGUUACGAGUCUCAGAAACGUCGUGAUUGAAACACUUUCGGGCAAUACUUGAAGAAUCACAAACCCCCGGUUCCUUUAUCUCAGUGCAACUACAACCACGUGUUAGAUUUUCUCCGAUACCUAGAUCAAUUCGGAAAGACUAAGGUACAUUUAAAUGGAUGUUUAUAUUUUGGACAAUUUGAGCAAGUUGGAUCAUGUAGUUGUCCACUUAAACAAGCAUGGGGAAGUUUAGAUGCACUAAUUGGAAGACUUAGAGCUGCUUAUGAAGAAAAUGGAGGAUUACAAGAGACUAAUCCAUUUGCUAAUAGUGCUAUAAGAAUUUAUCUUCGUGAGGUAAGAGAUUCUCAAGCCAAAGCAAGGGGAAUUCCCUAUAAGAAGAAGAAAAAAAGGAGGAAAAUUCAAAUUAAUGUUAGUAUUAAUAACAACGAGGCAAAUUAAUCUUCUUGAUUUUCUCGAGAGGAAAGAAAAAAAAUGGUAAUCUUUUUUCUCUUUGUUUCCUUUUAUAAUAAGACCGUUAAUUGCUUUAAUUUGCUUUUGCGGAUUAUGGUGAUAGUAAUUAGUGUUAUGACUUCAUAUAUUAUGUGAAGAUGUAAAAUAUAAUAUAACAUUAAUCCUGAUUACGUUGCUUUCUCUAUGA